AUGAUCUCUAACUUGAAAUGUUCUAUUACUCCUACGCUAGAUAGCCUUGUCCAGAAGUUUUGGGAAGUCGAAGAAUUAUUGUUUCCUUCUUCACACUCUAAAGAAGACCAGAUCUGUGAGGAAUACUUUCUCUCAACUCACACACGUCUAUCCACUAGUCGGUAUGUUGUACGUUUACCUGUCAAACAAAGCUCAACUCUAGGCUCGUUCCAUGUCGCGUCCAAAUCAUUGGAGCAUUUAGAACUCCAUCUGGCUAGAGAACCAAAGCUCACUGCAGCUAACCAAGAUUUUCCAUAUGAAUAUGAAUCUUUGGGUCAUAUGGCCCCCUUAAACGCGCAAACACAUAACUCUAAUUCUGUUUACUAUUUACCUCAUCAUCUUGUUCUAAAGGAGAGUUCGUAUACUCCGUUGCGUGUCAUCUUUAACGCAUCUUGUACGACUUCCAACGGAGCGUCGCUAAACGAUUGUCUCAUGACCGAUCUUAAAUUACAAGCAGACUUGUCUAUUAUUUUGCGUUGGAGAGCAUAUCGUUUAGACUUUACUAUUGACAUUGCCAAGAUGUUUAGACAGAUAUUGAUUCAUCCUGAUGAUACAGAUUAUCAACGUAUUCUGUGGAGAACUGCUCCGGAUCAACCUGUCAAUCACUAUCGAUUAUUAACUGUCACUUAUGGCAUAUCUUCAUCUCCUUAUCUCGCUAUGAGAGUUCUUCAACAAUUAAUAGCUGGUGAGGAAAGUCACUACCCCUUAGCAUCUUCAAUAUUACGCAAUUCCAUUUACGUGGAUGAUAUCCUAUUCGGUGCGGAUUAUAUUCCCACCAUUCAAGCAAUGCGCGAACAACUGAUCUCACUGUUGCGUUGUGGUGGAUUUCAAUAA